AUGGCUCUCCCUCCCAUUGUCAACGCGACGCUGCAGUCGGCCAUCCUGGCCGGCACCUCCAACCUGUUGGCCCAGGCGCUGACGGCCUACCGCUCCGAUAGCCAACUCGUCAUCGAUUGGGUGCCCGUCUUCCAGUUCAUCAUGAACGCCAUCGUCUGCACGCCGCCCAACUUCAUGUGGCAAGACUUCCUCGAGCAGAGCUUCCCGGCCUACCACGUCUCCCCGACCCGGGACGCGGUCGCAUCCGCCUCGGCCUCCGACGAGAAGGAGCUCGACCGCGAGGCGCGCGAGAACAAGCUCGUCGAGCCCAAGCUCAACAUCCGCAACACGAUCAUCAAGCUCCUCCUCGACCAGACCGUCGGCGCCGCCCUCAACACCCUCGCCUUCAGCAUGUUCGUCGGCGGCAUCCAGGCCGCCAUGGCGCGCCCCGCGCACCUGUCUGCCCCGGAGGACUCGGCCAGGUUCCUCGUCUCGCGCGGCGCCAUCGACUACGGCCGGGUCGACUGGAAGGUCGUCGUCGCGCGGGCGCGGGCGGACUUCUUGCCCAUCUUCUUCGCGGGCCUGAAGCUCUGGCCGCUCGUCAGUCUUGUGAACUUUAGUUUUAUCAAGAGCAUCGAGGGCAGGAACUUGGUGGGCGCGUUGGCUGGUGUCGUUUGGGGGAUUUACAUGAGCUUGGUUGCGGCGCAAUGA